CCGUGCUGCGAGAGAAGCGGCGGCGGCAGCAGCAGCAGCAGCAGCAUCCCUCCUAGGCACGGCCAUUCCGAAGCCAGCUCGUCUCUCCCUCUUUCCCUCCCUUCUAUCCCCUCGCUCUCGCUCGUUCCCAACAGCCGCGGCUUGUCCUCUCCGCUGCUCUGCUCACUCAGUUGCUGGGGAGCGAGAGAGGGAAAAAAAAAGGGGGGGGAGGCCGCCAUGUUGGAUCCCGAGACUUCAGUGGCGGCGGCGGCAGUUUGUGCGUGAGGGCGUCAGGAGCAGCCGCGGGGCGGGGGAGAAGCGGAGGCCGAGAGGAGGAAAAGGAAACCGGCGGCUGCGGGCGGGCAAUUGCGAGGAGAAGGAGGCCGGGAAGCUGCAGCACCAGCACGUCGCCCUGAGAAGAUGCCUUAAACGCGGCACUCGGAUUGGAAAAACAGCGGCAGGGUGGGUGGGUGGGGGGAAGCCGGCUGUGUGUGUGAAGGAGCCCCCCUUAGUCACCCUGUUCCGCCUCCGCCACCCGCAAGACAAAAACAAGGAGCAGCGACAUGGAAAGGAUUUGCUAGGGAUUAUUCGCUCAGCCUCCCUUUGGCCGGCAUUUCCCCCUCCCCACUCCAAUGCACCCGCGGGAAGAAGGAGCGGCGGCCUGAGGAAAUGAAGGCUUCACCUUUCUUGUUCGGGUAGCCGGAGAGAGGAGCUGGUGCGACGGAAGAGAGAGGGAGCCCGACCCUGAGGGGAAGAAGAAGAAGAAGAAGGCUCCGUUCCCGGGGACUUUUCCUGCCCUUCUGCUGCUGCUCCUCCUCUUCUCCCCACCCCCCGCUCUCUGAAGAAUUGCCACUGAUGCAUUUUCCAAAGGGUGGUGGAGGUGGAGGUGGUGGAGGUGGAAGCCGUGGUGGUGGAGGUGGCGGCGGCGGCGGUGGAGGCGGCAGCAGCAGCAGCGGAUAUUCUCCAGCGCUAGACCUUCCCAAGCCUGUGCAUUUUGUUUUUCGCCGGGGGCCUCCCCUCUCCCCAUCUCCCUCUGCUGCUCUUGCCUUGAAAAGUGAAUCACCGGUGCAAAUUGGAUGGGGGUUUUACACUUUAAUGAUGCAGUAAGGAUUCGUUUCGGGAUUACGUUGCAUGAUCUGAAUUUUGAAUGAAGGAGACCUUUAAAAGAGAGAAUAAAAUCGCAUCCAUAUGAGAGAAGAGUGGAUUCAGUCUUGGGUUUCUUUUUAAUAUUAUUUAAAUGUAUAAAAUAUAUAUUUUCUCUUUUUAAAUGUAUUAAAAGAGAUUUUAGGGUAAUUAUUUUUCUCCAAUAUCCUGUAUAUAUAUAUAUUGUGUGUGUGAGAGAGAGUGUGUGUGGAAACAGCUGACCAAGACAGAGAACAUGGAGUGGGAAUUCUUGAGAUGCAUUGUACCUUCAGCACCAUCCCUGAAGAUGCACUGACUUUUCAAAACACUUUUUAUCAACUGUAAAACAUUCUGAUGUGUUAGAUUUUUUGAAAAUAACCAAUAAUAAUAAUUGAGGAGAGGCCCAUUAAGAACUGAAGCAAUCAUGUCUGGAGAGGUACGCUUGAGACAGUUGGAACAGUUUAUUUUGGAUGGACCAACUCAGACAAAUGGGCAAUGCUUUAGUGUGGAAACGCUGCUGGAUAUACUCAUCUGCCUUUAUGAUGAAUGUAAUAAUUCACCCCUGAGGAGAGAGAAGAAUAUUCUGGAGUAUCUAGAAUGGGCCAAGCCUUUCACGUCCAAAGUCAAACAGAUGCGACUACAUAAAGAAGACUUUGAAAUCUUGAAGGUGAUUGGCCGAGGAGCCUUUGGGGAGGUUGCAGUAGUAAAAUUGAAAAAUGCAGAUAAGGUAUUUGCCAUGAAAAUAUUAAAUAAAUGGGAGAUGCUGAAAAGAGCUGAGACAGCUUGUUUUCGAGAAGAGAGGGAUGUGUUAGUGAACGGAGAUAACCAAUGGAUUACAACAUUGCACUAUGCCUUUCAGGACGAAAACUAUUUAUACCUGGUUAUGGAUUAUUAUGUGGGUGGUGAUCUGCUUACCUUGCUUAGUAAGUUUGAGGACCGAUUACCUGAAGAAAUGGCUCGCUUUUAUUUGGCUGAAAUGGUAGUAGCAAUUGAUUCUGUACAUCAGCUGCAUUAUGUCCACCGGGACAUCAAGCCAGACAACAUCCUGAUGGAUAUGAAUGGACAUAUUCGGUUAGCAGAUUUUGGUUCUUGUCUGAAACUGAUGGAAGAUGGAACGGUUCAGUCUUCAGUGGCAGUUGGAACACCAGAUUAUAUCUCUCCAGAAAUCCUGCAAGCCAUGGAAGAUGGGAAAGGAAAGUACGGUCCUGAAUGUGACUGGUGGUCCCUUGGUGUUUGCAUGUAUGAAAUGCUCUAUGGAGAAACACCCUUUUAUGCAGAAUCCCUGGUGGAGACAUAUGGAAAGAUAAUGAACCACAAAGAGAGGUUUCAGUUUCCUGUCCAAAUGACGGAUGUGUCUGAAAAUGCCAAGGACCUAAUUCGAAGACUCAUUUGUAGCAGAGAGCAUAGACUUGGGCAGAAUGGAAUAGAAGACUUUAAAGGCCAUCCAUUUUUUUCCGGGAUUGACUGGGAUAACAUUAGAAACUGCGAAGCACCUUACAUCCCUGAAGUUAGCAGUCCAACAGAUACAUCAAAUUUUGAUGUAGAUGAUGAUUGUUUAAAGAAUUCUGAGACAAUGCCCCCACCAACACAUACUGCAUUUUCUGGCCAUCAUCUGCCCUUUGUAGGAUUCACAUAUACAAGUAGCUGUGUCCUUUCAGACCGCAGUAGUCUAAGAUAUGCAGCUGGGCAACGGGCUAUGGAUCUCGAUGCCAACGUUCAAAGGACACUUGAGGAUACCUUAGCAACAGAAGCAUAUGAGAGGCGAAUAAAGCGCCUGGAGCAGGAAAAACUUGAACUUAGCAGAAAACUACAAGAGUCCACGCAAACAAUCCAGGCCCUGCAUUAUUCAACUGUAGAUGGUCCAUUAACAGCAAACAAAGAUUUAGAAAUUAAAAGCCUAAAAGAAGAAAUCGAAAAACUAAGAAAACAGGUGACUGAUUCUGGACGACUGGAGCAGCAGCUUGAAGAGGCCAGUUCUGCAAGGCGAGAAUUAGAAGAUGCUUCCAGACACAUCAAAACAUUUGAGAAGCAAAUCAAAGCACUAAAGCAAGAAAGGGAUGAUCUUAAUAAGGAACUAAUUGAGUCUAGUGAAAGAUUAAAGGCCCAAACCAAAGAGCUGAAAGAUGCACACAGCCAACGGAAACUGGCUAUGCAGGAAUUCUCUGAGAUGAAUGAACGCCUUACUGACUUGCAUUCACAAAAACAGAAACUUACUCGUCAAGUCAGAGAUAAGGAAGAAGAGAUGGAAGUGGUGAUGCAAAAAGUAGAAAGCUUGAGGCAAGACCUACGCAGAACAGACAGAAUGAAAAAGGAACUGGAAGUUCAUGCUGAAGCUGCAGCUGCUGAGGCAUCCAAGGACAGGAAAUUGCGUGAGCGAAGUGAGCAGUACUCUAAGCAGCUGGAAAAUGAGUUAGAAGGACUAAAGCAAAAACAAGUUGGUCGCUCCCCGGGGGUGAGCAGCACAGAACAUCAACAAGAGAUCACCAAAUUAAAAUCUGACUUGGAGAAGAAAAGCGUUUUUUAUGAAGAAGAGAUAUCUAAACGAGAACUAAUACAUUGUAAUGAAAUAAAAAAUUUAAAGAAAGAACUGCGUGAUGCAGAAAGCCAACAACUUGCUCUCAAAAAAGAGAUCCUAAUCUUGAAAGACAAGUUAGAAAAGACAAGGAGAGAAAGCCAAAGUGAAAGAGAAGAAUUUGAAACUGAGUUCAAGCAGAAAUAUGAACGGGAGAAGAUUCUGUUGACAGAGGAGAACAAAAAGCUUUCUGCUGAGCUUGACAAGCUUACAGCCAUGUAUGAGAGACUAAGUAUGAACAACCGGCAACUGGAAGAAGAGAUGAGAGAUCUUGCUGAGAAAAAAGAAUCUGUAGCACACUGGGAAGCCCAGAUCACAGAGAUCAUCCAGUGGGUAAGCGAUGAAAAGGAUGCCCGAGGCUAUCUCCAAGCCUUAGCCUCCAAAAUGACUGAAGAACUAGAGGCCCUGAGGAACUCCAGUUUGGGGGCAAGAGCAACAGACAUGCCCUGGAAGAUGCGGCGUUUCGCAAAACUGGAUAUGUCUGCAAGGUUAGAGCUACAGUCAGCCCUUGAUGCAGAAAUACGAGCCAAACAAGCCAUUCAAGAGGAGUUAAAUAAAGUUAAAGCUUGCAAUAUUGCAACAGAAUGCAAACUACAGGAAUCUGACAAGAAGAACUCUGACCUAUUGUCAGAAAUAGAGAGACUGAAAAAAGAGACAGAAGAACUCCGAUCAGAAAAGGGUGUAAAGCACCAAGACUCACAGAAUUCUUUCUUGGCAUUUUUGAAUGCGCCUACCUCUGCUCUGGAUCAAUUUGAAAUUGAUUCUGUUGAAAAUUUUACCUUAUCUAAUACGCCUUCGCGGGAUGAAGAUAUCAAGUGUCACCUUCAUUCAAGAUCUAGGUCCCCUUCCACAGCUAGUGACAUUGAACCAAUUGAGGUUUCAGAUCAUCCUCUGCGUCCGGUUCACACACCAACCAUGAGGUCACCAUAUAUUGGUUCAGGACUCUCUGUGCCAAAGCCAAAGGCCCAUCAGUUUGUAGUGAAAUCCUUUAAUACCCCUACCAAAUGCAAUCAGUGCACAUCUUUGAUGGUUGGCUUGAUAAGACAGGGCUGUACCUGUGAAGUGUGCGGAUUUUCAUGCCAUGUGACCUGUGCAGACAAAGCACCAGCGGUGUGUCCAAUUCCACCGGAACAGACAAAGGGUCCUUUGGGUAUUGAUCCACAGAAAGGCAUAGGAACGGCUUAUGAAGGCCAUGUCCGAGUCCCAAAACCAGCUGGAGUGAAGAAAGGCUGGCAAAGAGCACUGUCUGUUGUCUGUGACUUCAAGCUCUUCCUUUAUGAUAUUGCAGAAGGAAAAGCAUCCCAGCCCAGUGUGGUAGUGAGUCAGGUUCUUGAUAUGAGGGAUGAAGAAUUCUCUGUGAGUUCUGUCUUGGCUUCUGAUGUGAUCCAUGCAAAUAGAAAAGAUAUUCCUUGUAUCUUUAGAGUUACAGCUUCCCAGCUAUCAGCAUGCAGUAACAAGUGUUCAAUCCUGAUCCUAGCUGACAGCGAGAAUGAAAAGAGCAAGUGGGUAGGAGUCCUAAAUGAACUGCACAGGAUUUUAAAGAAGAACAAGCUCAAAGAUCGCUCAGUCUAUGUUCCCAAAGAGGCCUAUGACAGCACCUUGCCCCUCAUUAAAACCACCCAGGCGGCAGCAAUCAUAGAUCACGAAAGAAUAGCUUUGGGCAAUGAAGAAGGGUUAUUUGUGGUUCAUGUCACCAAGGAUGAGAUCAUUCGUGUCGGUGACAAUAAGAAAGUGCAUCAGAUUGAGCUCAUCCCAAAUGAGCAGCUAAUUGCAGUGAUCUCAGGACGAAACCGUCAUGUACGGCUAUUCCCUAUGACAGCCCUGGAUGGACGAGAGACUGAUUUUUAUAAACUGGCAGAGACUAAAGGUUGCCAGACGAUAGUUUCUGGGCAAGUGCGCCAUGGAGCCCUUACCUGCCUGUGUGUAGCAAUGAAAAGACAGGUCCUCUGCUAUGAACUAAAUCACAGCAAGACACGUCACAAAAAGAUUAAAGAGAUCCAAGUGGCUGGGAAUGUCCAGUGGAUGGCAAUCUUUAGUGAGCGGCUCUGUGUGGGCUACCAGUCAGGAUUCUUAAAAUACCCUUUGCAUGGAGAAGGAAACCCACAUAGUUUGCUUCACCCAGAUGAUCACACACUGUCGUUCAUUGCACAGCAACCAACUGAUGCCAUCUGUGCAGUUGAGAUCUCAAAUAAGGAAUACCUGCUGUGUUUUAGCAGCGUGGGGGUUUAUGUGGACUGCCAAGGCCGAAGAUCAAGGCAACAGGAACUGAUGUGGCCUGCAACUCCUUCCUCUUCCUGUUACAAUGCCCCAUACCUCUCAGUAUACAGUGAAAAUGCCGUUGAUAUAUUUGAUGUGAACUCCAUGGAAUGGAUUCAGACUAUCCCCCUCAAGAAGGUACGUCCUUUGAACACUGAAGGAUCGCUGAAUGUCCUUGGACUAGAAACAGUGAGGUUAAUAUAUUUCAAAAACAAGAUGGCAGAGGGAGAUGAGCUGGUGGUUCCUGAGACAUCCGAUAACAGCCGGAAGCAAAUGGUCCGAAAUAUCAACAAUAAACGCCGUUACUCAUUCAGAGUGCCUGAGGAGGAGAGGAUGCAACAGAGGAGGGAGAUGCUACGAGAUCCAGAAAUGAGAAAUAAAUUAAUUUCUAAUCCAACUAACUUUAACCACAUAGCACACAUGGGCCCAGGAGAUGGUAUACAAAUCCUCAAAGAUCUCCCUAUGCCAAGCUCCCCUUAUCCACCCUCUCAUCAUCACUCCCAUCUCAUCUCUUCUCCAAGCAACUUCGAGCACGUCUAUCACAUGACUGUUAACUCAGCUGAAAAUUUCCUCUCCCGUGAUUCCAUAAACCGUGCAUAUUCCCCACCUCUACGCUCUGUCCCUCGUACACCAGCCUUUAUGAAUAUAAGGAACCUUCGACCUCAGGAAAGUCGGACCAUGUUUAGCGGUUCUGUCAGUAUUCCAUCAAUCACGAAAUCCCGCACUGAACCCGGACGCUCCAUGAGUGCUAGCAGUGGUUUGGCGGCAAGAUCAUCUGCACAAAAUGGCAGUGCUUUGCGGAGGGAAUUCUCUGGAGGUAGCUAUGGAGCAAAGCGUCAGCCAAUGGCAUCCCCUUCGGAUGGCUCCUUGUCCUCUGGCGGUUUGGACCAAGGCAGUGAUGCACCAGCGAGGGACUAUGAGCGAGAGGACUCUGACUCUCCAAGGCAUUCGACAGCUUCUAACAGCUCCAACCUGAGCAGUCCUCCCAGCCCCAUCUCUCCUCACAAGACCAAGAGCCUCUCCCUGGAGAGCUCUGACCACGCAAGUUGGGACACAUGAACUGCUUCAGCACUCAGAUUUUACAUCUCAGCAGCUUACUGUCCCCAUGACUCUCUGUUUGCUCUCACUGUCAUCGCCCCCCAGCUUCCCUCCAAAAGCAGACUAGGGGAGGGAGGGGAGGAAGAGGGUAUAUCUUGUCUUCUCUUGACACAAGCAGCGUAAGCUCCCCCCUCAUUCAAAAGUAGCAGCAAGCAAGAGAAAACCUUGAGGAGGGCAGAGCGGGGGAGGGGUUGGUAUACAAGAGAUAUUGGUAUAUUUGUAUUAGUAUCUAUUUUAUUUCAUAGGGUUACAGCUGUUUCCAUUUUUAUGGGUAUAUUCCACACCAUGCCACUGUUCCAAACAAAACAUAGUAGUGUUAGACUGACCAAAACAGAAUCUGAAAGAGAGAACCAGAUUUUGCUUUGAGGCACACAGUAUCUCAUUGUAUUUUUUCAAGAGUUAGCACAGCAACACCCACCCAUCUCUGGUGAUGGGGCAAAAUUUGCCCUGCAGGGGCAGAUAACGCACGCUUUCAGCAACCACUCUAUUUGAAUGUCAAUCUGAUUGUUGCCAGCAAAUCCUUAUUGAUUUAAAAAGAAAUGAUGCAUAUUUUACUACAGUAGAGUUUAAGUAAAUACGCAAAAUUAAGAGUUAGUACAUAUGUAUAUAAUAAAAGAAGAAGCAUUGUGAUGCAGCGAAAGAUGGAUUCCUAUUUAAGAGAUCCUUUAAUUUAAGAAGACUUGUGUUGUUCCCUUUUUCAUACUAAAUAAUCUAUGGAUUGAGGAUGUGAUCUGGAUAUAGAACAUGGCACUGGAUAAAAAGAGCCUGGAGGGAGAUUCCAUCCUCUCAAUGUUCUCUGUAACAUUACCUUCUUGUCAGUAGGUGAACUAAAGCCAUAAUUCUCACUUUUUAACUAUAUCUCCCUCUUCUACUGUCUGCUUCACUGUACAAGCAAAACUCAUGAUCUGCUGGUCAACAAGCCUGAAGUGAGCUCAAGGGCAGUUUUGCAGAGAAUCAGUAUUCAGCCCUGAGCAAAACUGAAGUAAUUGCAGCCAAAGCUAGCGCAAAGAGAUAACUAGUUUUGGGAGGGUUGGGAAUGGGUUUCCAAACCCAUCUGGCCAAUUAGUACCAGUAACCACUAGCUUGUAAGUUGACUUUCCAAAUUUUAUUGAUCAGCCUACAUCAGCCAAAUUCAAACAGCACUGGUCUUGAAAUAGAAUCUUUUAAAAAUAUAACUUGCUGCUCUAGCUCACUGAAGCGAAUAACGUGCCGUUGGUCUUCAGAAUUUGCUAGAACGCCGGGUGUUUCAGGACAACUAUUCCGAAGAUGUUUAUUAUGUCAUCCCUGCUCUCCCACCGGGCCUGACCUAGUGUGUUUAGUGCUAUUAUUGCCGUGAAAUACUGUGACGGUUGGAUCCCACAGAGAAGCACUUGGCAGGGCAAAGCAUUCCUCUCUGGAGAGAGCAGACAGUGGAGGUCCAUCACCACCUAAAUAAACAGUAGCAAGCAGUGCAACAUGCAAAUAGGGGGCAAGAACAAAACAAUAGAAAAAGUCCACUUGCCUCCUCCUUUUCCUUCUUGAACAAGUUGAGUGCGGUUUGCGAUUUGAGACUAGAUGAAUGUGAUUUUUUCAAAUCCUUGGGAUCAUUACUAUCUUUAUGACGUGACCAAGCUCAAGCGGAUAAGAGUUUGGAUGGUGGUGUGUGUUGAAUUUAGAAAACUAGGCUUCUGGGUUUUGGUAACACUUCAUGGCUAUCAUCAGACCAUUCCAACCAAACAACAGAAGUGCAACUAGUGGCGUUUCCCAGGUUCCCUCUGAAAAAUGUCAGCUACUACCAUACAAGGUACUGAUUUAGAAGUACUCUGAGAUAACAGAGCGUUGUCUUUCACCAUCUAGCUGUAUUGAGUCUGCUAGUUGUUGGGUCUGUGUCUUCUUCUGCAUUAAGUGGACUGCCACACCCCAAGCUACCAUUUAGCUAUUUUAUACUGGGGGGAACAGUUGUGGGUGGGUGGGGGGACACAAAGCUUUUUUCUACUGCGUAUGGUGUCCUAAUCCUGUCUGUGGAAUUUGGCUUGUCAAGAAUCUCAAAGUUGAUGAUGUGUGUUUUGUUGUCACAGGUAUAAACAAGAGAUUUGCAAAAUGCAUUUCAUAGCGGCCAGUUUUGACAGUUUUGCUGAGCAGGAAAUUAGCAUGUCUAAGAGCACAAGGACAGGCCUAGUUUAAAAUCCAUUGACUACUUCUUCAGCAUUGGCUACUAAAAGGUUCUACAUCUUUCCACCCUGUGAUAUUAUCACUCAUGCCCACCCACCGUUCUAUACACUUGUGAAGAGAUGGGUCUUAGUUAUUUCUGAAAUACAACUAGUGGGAAAUAGGUCAUCUGGUUAAGGCUGCCAGGGCUUGAAAUCCACAGUAGGCCCAAGCAAUUAUCCACUUCAUUAGUUACCUUAGAAGUCCUUGCUAGGUCCUGUGGCAAUUGAUCUUUGCUCCAUCUGAGAAAGAAAAUUAGACAAGACAACACCUGUCUAGAAUGAGAAGAAAUUAGCAUCCCAAGAGUUACAUUUUAUACAACGUUGGCCCAUUUCACAAAUUAAAAGUUUCUUUUCAUGCUGACCUAGGAUGCAUACCAAGUACAUUAUGGACACAUUUGAGCACUGGCAGAAUUGAAAACAUAUCUCUGAAAUGGUUGGCUGGUGAAGUUAAGCUUUGCUGAUAGGCAUUGCUCAGUUUCCAGGCACACCUGAUUACAUUUCUCCAAGCACUUUCAUAGUCUCUAAUUGAAUCCUGACUCAUUUGAUGACACCUUUGUGUACAUGGGCUAUUAUUUCCCUAACUGGGCUAAUUCAGACACCUCAGUCAUUGCCUCUUUACGCUUUUAGCCCAUUUCUUGAGGCUCAAUAAAUCAGGUGUUGAUUGUAAACGAACCUCAGAUUGUACAGCUCCGUUAUUUUUUCUAUAUUAAACACACACAACCUAUACAUAUCAUUACUUUUUUAUUUUCAAAACACAUUCCUGUCAUAAUACCCAUUUUUAUACUGCUGAAUCAGUCUCAUUUGCUGGCUUCUUAAAAGUUGAUUUGUGUGUCGUUUCGUGUUCCUAACCUGCUUUUUUUUUAAGAACAGCAGUUUUGGUUUUGCGCGGGGAGUGGGGGGGAAAUACAGUUGAUAUUUGUGUUACUCUCUCAGGUAUUUGAACGCAGCAGGAUGUCUUCAUACGAUAAGCAUGGAAUGCAAUAAUGUAUUUUGGGCAUGAGGUUCACCAGAGGAUGUACCCUGAGCACAACUAAGUUUUUGUUCUGAAAUGAUGCAAACCUGGGUAGGUGAUUGGAUUCAGGGUGGCAGUUUAAAGGUCUCGACUUUGAGGAAAUUAUCUGUGUCUUUUUUUUAGCCAGUGCGGAGUAAGCAGGGCCUCAAAUUCUUUUUCCCACCUGCUAAGUCAUAAAGAAAUUGGGAAUCUGAAAUCAGGCUUGAUGGGAUGUUCUUAGCCUUACACCAUUUCACCACAGGUGUGAAAGUUACCUCUCUCCAACCUACGUUCCAUAUACAGGUGCCCUGUUUGGAGCCCUUAGGGAAGUGCAUAUGCCUCAGGGUGAAUGUCACUGAGAGGCUCAUGACAAAAAUUUAGCCCAGUGCAAUAAGGCUUUGUGCCUAGAGGCUAAUAAGGGCACAAGCCUGUUUCAUUCCAAAAUCACAGUCAUCAGGCUUUUCCUGGAAUAGGGUUCUGAGCUUCUAACUAGUCUACAAGGGGCCUUCAGAGAUCAAAUAUGCUGUAGAUUUCAACUUCUAUGACCAUGUUGUGCAUUAAGGCAAUUCCACAUGACUUGUCACCUUGUCUUCUUCAUUCUAUAAAUGCUCCCAUCCUACAUAAGAAUUUUUUUUUCACUCAUGAGGAAGCAAUCCACAACCAAAAACAGUGUUGGUAUUUCACAGUAAUUAUACCUGCCUUUUUAUGUAUGAUGGUUUCAUAUCAUUUAUUUUUAAAAAAUAUAUUUUUAGGGAUUUUUUUUUCAUUGUAAUAUUAUUGUACAGUUUUGCAUGGCCUAGAUGUAAUCACUUUUUUUGUUUUGUUUUAGAGUAUAAAAGCUGACAAGUGUGCGUGUGGGGAAAAGGUUUCUGCUUUUUGCCUCUUCUCACUCUUCUCUUAUUUUUGAUUUAUGUCCUCAAUGUUGUAGAGGACAUUGUAAGAGAUUCUCUGCUCCAGAACAAUGAUGUAGAGUCUAUUGCACAGAAAUAUUUAAGGUGGAUCAGUCAAUGAUGUAAUAAAUGACAGGUCACCAAUAUUUUAUGUUGGUAACACUUAAUAUUAACCUACUUUGAUGUAUUGCAAUAAAACAGGGAACUAUUAGAAAUACAGGUGGUUUGUCUUUUUUCCUACCCCACCAGAUUUUUAUGAGGCAAGCGGGGCUGCAGAGGAUAUGUUGGGAUAGUCACAUAACUUCAGCGAUUGAAAGUUUUGUUCCUUUCAGCAGGUGGUUUCUUUUUGGAUUGCUUUCCCUGCAUCUAGCUGCUUCAAGCCAUGAGCCAUCACACCCAUCGACGAUGAUACAACUAUGGGGAGGCCCAAGCUAGGAGAUGCAGAAGGAAUACACUGGGUUUGGGGGAAACUCAGACCUUGAAGGCCAUUAGGAGCACAGCAUUCUACAAACCAGGCCCCCAACCAUUAGAGAGGAAGGGCAGCAGAAAUAAAAUAAAAAGCAGGUUGUGGUAAGUAGCUUUCAAAUGCACAAGAUAGAACUCCUCUUGAACAGAAAACUGAGUUUUUCAUUAAGAACCUUCUGCCACACGAUUUCCCGUUCAGAAGCUUCGUGGUUUUUCUGAUUCCAGAGUCUCACAGAGAAAGGAUGCAGCGUUCGCUUUUCAUAAUGCUCCACCCCUAUAACCACAGCUACUGGACAGGAGAAGGGUGCAUCACAUCCUGCACUUGGUUGUGCAAAAGGGUCUGUGAGUGGCGCACGUAAUGGUCCCCAUGUGAUAGUCAUGCCAUGAAGGGUCUGAUUUUAAUCAGCACAAAAUCAGGCACACUUAAAUGCACAGUGAAGUCCAUUGAUUGGAUGCAGUCAGCGGAUUUAACCACACAUAGCUUUGUGUGGUUAUUCCUUUAGACUUCCUUCUCUUCCACCCUUAGCAGAGAAAACUUCCUUGUUAAUGUUGCCUAGUUCCAAAGAUAACAACACGGAGUCGUUUCACACACUGAAGUUUUUGUGGUCUCUCCUUUUUGGCUGAUUUCUGACGUGUUUUCCCCAGGAAACUCCUGUUUACAAAAGAAACAGCAGCAGCACAGCUAAUGCAUGGUUGGCAAUGCCUCUAAUAGCACUUAUACAACCCCCUAUUUUUUUAUUUGUCCUUGACAUUAGCUGGGUUAAGACAGAAUCCAAAUUCCUGAAAAAAACAAUUCCCAGAUGGCAGAUGCUUUGAUCAGAAAGUAGGUCUUUCCAUGCAAAUUACUUUUUAUAAUAGCUCAGUGUGGAAACCCUACUAGAACUGGUUUUAAGGUAGAGGUUAUUUGGGGGGGGGGCGGGUUCCAGCCCUGGUUUUGAGGCGGUUAGAAAGCUUACAUGUGUUUGGCUCAACAAGUCCCCUUGUCAGCUUUUUAUACUUUUUAUCAGUGCUUUAACCAUCUCUUCAUAAUUCACCUUUGCCACCCCCCUCCAAAUUACAUACUUUAAAAUGUUUCUUUUUUGGAGAAUCAAAGUGUAAAAAGCAUUUCCUAGUUUGAAUAUCUCAAACUGCAAAUGGUUUACAUGCCAGAUCAGCCAACAUUUUAACUGGAAUUAAAUAUAGAAGCUUAAAAGGAUACAAACUUCAGUUAUUCUUCUCAUAAAGUCAAUUUUUAAAUGAAGUUAACAGAGCACAACUGCAAAGAGCAGCCCAGGGGAAAAUGUAAGUUCGCUACAGUCCUCAAUAUGCAUGCAAGGGGGUUGCAUACUUAAGCCCUGCCUGCCAAGGUGGCACAACUCCCACCAUCACCAUGCAUGCAGAGACCUAACUCCUGCUCUGUGAGGCUUUCCUUGCAAUGGAAAACCCUAAUUGCGGAGGGUUAUAAAUCACCCAAGGUGCCACCACCUGUAGAGCAGGCUCCUGGCCUCAAGCUAUGCACCAACAUGGCAACAGUGGGAGGAGUUGUGCAGCUCUGGCAGGCAGCUCUGGCACACAAGUAACACCUAAAGGGGGCUUGCAUCACACUUGUGAAACUUAUACACUGAAAGAGCAGCACUAGGAAUUAAUCGAACAAUAGGGGCAAGUAAGUAAACUCCCUGCAUUCUUGCCAUCAUCUAACUAGCAUUCCUACAUGCAGCAUGUCAAAUAAGUGGGCGCUCAUCAUGCAAAAUGGUAAGAGAAGCUGUAUUGUGAACCACUUGCAUGGAACAGUGUGCCACACAAUUUGGGCAGAUUCAUAAAAUCGUAACAACACAACUCUUUUGUAAUGGUUUGCAUUUGGGUGGUUAAUAACCUCCCAAAAACAUAGGUGAUAGUGUCCACCCCCCUGACUUGCUAAAUGUCUCAUUAUUCAAAUGAAUAGGGCCAAAUGGUGCCAGGCCAGAACCGUGUUACUAUGAAUUGAAGUUCAUAAAAUCUGAAUGGUCCAAGGAAAUUUUGCCCUUGCUCGUGUAAACUGGAAUUCAGGGUCAAACACAGAAACUGAUUCACAUACUGUACUUCUUCAUGCAACACAUAAUUUACAAAAUGCGUCUCUCCAAGAUGUCAUGAUAGCCUAAGACUUUUUUCUUUUUUUAAAAAAAAGGAUUUGAACGAAAUAAUGGAGGAUAAGCAGCCAUGACUUCUAAACUGGACUGUUACAUUCAAAGGCAUUCCCUGAAUACCAUGGGCUAAGCAUAAGCCAACAAGGAAGGAUUUAUAAAUUCUUAUGGCACAACUGCAUGACAUUCCCAUAACUUACCAGUCCAAUACAAUCUAAUUAUCAUCUUCACCAUGGGUGGAGAUGGAAGAUCUCUUUGAGCAAUGGGAUAACUACUAUUGUCUGCCCAGCCAGAUACUGCUUCCCUGCUUUAAAGGUGAAAAACUAAAAUCGUCAGCAGUAUAUUGUGCUUAUGAAACAAAGUAAUUAAGAGGCAUUACUGGAACAGAAUCAGAGUAAGCAGAAGUGAAAAAAUACCCAUACACUUGCUUCUUCUACCAGGUCAGUAAACCACAGCCAAGACACCUUCUGGACAAGUACUUCUUUAUUGGAAAUCGGUUGAAAGUUGUACAGCUACAACUAACUGUUGUACAAAAAAACCCCUCCCAAAAUACAUUUGCCGAGUUGCCUCCAAUUGCUUAAAGUUGUGCGUUCAGCUACUUUAAUGUAUAUUAUGCUUUCCAACAAAAUCUUGAAACACCACUGAUAACACAGCAGUAUCAAUCUCCCCACAUCCAUCAAAGGUCGCAUUACGAAGUUGCAGGCAUGAAGGUUUCUAUAAAUGCCACAGUUAAGAGCUUUGGCUUUUCUUAAUUCUCCAUUUAACGAGAGAACCCCAUUAACUACAUUGCAUAUACAUUCAGCUCAAGAGAAUCAGACGGCUGCCACAUUUGAAAGUAGGGCAUUCUACAUACGCCACUGCACCACUUUCUAUCAGAUCCUUGAAACAAUUCACUUUCCUUGAAAACUUAAGAGACUGAAGGCAUAAAAUAGGCUAUGUACACAUCUUACACUGCACCAUCAGGAAAUCCAGACCUUCAUGGAUUCCCAGCAAGCAUCAUACAAAAAUAGGAUUCUCUUAUGAGUUGUGUUGGCAAUCUACACUUCAUAGUAUGAAACCAUUUGUAUCCUGCCUUAGAAGAAGAAAAAUUAAAGGACCUCUGGGGGGGGGAAGGGGGGGGAGAAACCACAGACAUUUGGAGAACUACGAUUUCAAUGCCAACUUGUUUUGGUUCUCUUUCCACAGACCCCUUGCUUUGUUUUGUUUUCAAUAAAAAACAAAUUGGUACACACCUAUCAGUAUUAAAAUCUGAAAAAGAGAGCAGAUACCUGGGACAGAGCUGCCUAAUCUUCCCUCACAAUCCCUACACUAGGCUACAACCA